GAUUGAUUUUAUUAGAAUUUUCUCUUCCUUCAUCUAAUCUACUCAUCGAUCGACAGGUCGAAUAAUAGACCAUUAGCAGCAAAUAUGAAGUCCAACAAACAAGGCCAUCUUCAACGCAAAUUUUCACCAGAGGCAAGAGAGCAACGCGGUAUUUCAGACCUCCCAAUCCGCACAAAAGAAGCUCAAGACACCGAUAACCUUUCUGAUCCUCAACAUCAUGUCCUAAUCGAAUAUCGAGUUGCAAACGAAACUUUGGGCACCAGACUCUUAAGCAUGGGCGUUCUUCUCAUUAAUGAGUCCAGUUCAUAUUCUGAACUUCUAGAUGCAAUUCAAGGCAGACCAAGCAAUUGGGAAAAUGUCCCAUCAGACAGCAUGGAGAAAAGUGUUGCGGUUAGAUGGAAAAUUGGUCAAGCUGUCAACGACGAUUCGUAUGAUACUCUCUGUGGCUAUGAUGUUGUUAUUAAAAGUCUCAUACUCAUGAUGCGUGAGAGGCACUGGAAGGAUAGACUGGUCGUCGUGUAUUAUACAGAGGACAGUGAUGUUAGUGACAGUAGUGACGGUAGUGAUGGCAGUGAAGCAGAGUGUGAAGCCACGGACCCUUGAAGUUUCCCCGGGGUUGUGAUAAGCAGGAGAUGGCCUAGCAGAAAAUCGUGAGUGGAGAAGCUUUCAUCGGGUGACUGGUAGGACUAUUCCAAUAAAUCAAUGAUUAGAUCUCACCA